AUGAAGCUGUUUCUGGUUCUCAUUUUUCUGCUGUUUGAGAUACACACAGAUGUGGCACGUCCCAGCAAAUGCUUUAAUAAAGUAAGCGGCUUCUGUAGGAAGAAAUGUGGAAUGGGGGAAAUAUAUGAAGUAGCUUGUCAAAAUGGAAAACUAUGUUGUGUUAAUGAAAGAGAAAACCAAAAAUACCCGGAAUCUCCAGAGUUGUCUGAAGCUUCAGUACCACUUGAUACGAAGGCGGACUAUAUUGUUUUGCCCACCAUUACAAUUUUUACAAUCCAGAUAUAA